AUGGUGGCUGGGUUUGCUCAUGCACCGCUGACCAAAGCGACCAUUGUGGUCAUAGCACUAGCUUCGCUCACUGUAUCUCUGCUCGACUUGAAAGUGUACAUCCCCUUCCGUUUCGUGCCACAUAUGACAGUGUACCACCAAUACUGGCAAGCCUGUGUGUAUCAUAUCGUGAGCACCAACAGUGCCGAGAUGUUCCUAAUGCUCUUGCUCUUGCACUAUGCAGGCCGCGAUGUAGAGCGCGCUAUGGGAUCGAGAAAGUUUGCAGUCUUCGGUCUGCUGAUGAUGUGCCUACACACCCUCUUGUCCCUGGCAUGGGCCGCUUGCACGGUCUAUGCGAUACGCUACACGCCACCCUGGCUUGCCUGGAUCAAAGAGGACGAGCGCCUGUCUAUGGGCUACCUACCAGCCGGCCCUUUUGGCGUCGUGGCAGCGCUGGCCUUGCAGUACUACCGCCUCGUGCCCCCGCUAUGGACAAUCCGCGUGGGUGACAUGGAAGUGACACACCGCGCAUUGGUGGGCGCACCUAUGGUAGCGCUGGCAUUGGCGCAAGACUAUGCGUCGUGUGUGUCUGUCCUUCUGGGUAUGGCAGCUUCACGAUGCUACAGGGCCAUCGUCCUGGUCGCUCCGCCCUUCCCUGCGUGCGCCAUGCACGUCGCGGAUGCGUUUCGGCAGCGUCUGCGGCAGGCGUGGGCGGAGCCCAGUGACCCCCCACCGGUAUACAAGCCCGCACAUGUACAGUAUGUAAUGAUAUUCUCGCCCCGCUGGACCGAGCACAAAGAGGCAGAGGACCCAGAGCGUUUGGUCGGGCAGCUGUUGAUGUACACAAGCACGGAAGGCGCCGUCUCGCAUGGGCAGAUGACGCGACAGGUAGCGAUGGCCAAUGCCCUCAUCGACUUUACUGCGUCGAUGCACCAGCAUAUUCAUACGCUCCCCACGACCAACUUGCGCUCGUUAGCCAUUGCUUUAGCGACAAGGCGCAUGUACCUGUUGGAAGUGCUGCCGGAUCUGUGGAUGUACACGAGCAUUGCCCUCGCCCAGUGGAUUGAUCCGACCACAGCUACGACGGCCCAUGCCCGCAUUGUCGAUACGUGGAUGCUUCAGCAAAUGCUUGAUGCGUGGCAGGGAUGGCGUCUAGAGUACGAUACGCCUUAUACGUUGCUGUGUACACAGGGGCGCGCUUCGUUGGAAUCUGCUUUGGAACGCUACUUCUCUAAAUGGGUAUGGACGUGGGAUGUCGAAGGGCAGUAUGCGCCGACGCUGCAUGCGUCGCCGCCCGCCACUACGCCCUCAGGCUUGGUCGUAGAGACGAUGCCAGUCCUCGCAUCGUACCCUGGCCUAACAUACGAUGAUAUAGCACAGUCUCUCGCAUGGUUCAUGCAUGCGAGUCAGGCUAUGGAGACGCCAGCGCCUUGGGAUAUGAUGUUGCUCUACGAUGAUCAGCUGGUAUGGCCUAUGGCACACUCGCCUCACCAAGACGAUGAAAAACUCUCCCCUCAUGAACGACGUACCAUCGCACGGUAUAUCCUGUCGCGUCUGCUGGGGCUCGAUACAGCGCGAGCCAAGGCAGCUACAGCGUUUGCAAAAGCGCCGCCGACGCAUCGAGACGAGAGGGGUAGGGACCCUGACAUCUCGUCAGACAUGGACGUAUCCACGACCAGCAUAUGGCCGGAGCUACCAUACAUGGGCGACUGGCUCGGGCAAUGGUCCUUGGACUCGUUGUGGCCCCGCACUACGUCGUCGUCAUCGUCGUCAUCGUCAGCCACGCCGUUGGAGCAGAGUACCAGUUCGCUCUCUCGUCCAGGUAUGAGAGAGGCAAGAGCGCCUCGCUCUACCGAUGUCCUAGCGGAAGAAUCUAGGUCCCAGCAAAGAGACGAGGAGGGCAAGGAGGACGAGGAGGACGAGGACGUGUCGCCAUCGCCUAGGUUGCCGACGACGCCGACACCCCAGGUACCUACACACACCUCGCCCUCAGCAGAUCAGUCGCCUGCAGCCACCACGACCUUGCAUGCAUUCCAUGCGCGAUUGGAGGAAGCGCUAGGCGAGAGUGAGCCUGUCCCGACCGUACCUGCUACGGCGACCGUGACCACAACUGUCGCAUCCAAAGACCCCACAGCGUCGACACGCAAAGAGGAUGCAGCACAACAGUUGCAGGGCAUAUCGCAGGCGUACAAGGCCCUGUCAACGGGACGCAGAUCAGCGCCGACGACGCCGCAUCGGCUUGCAGCCUCUUCUUCCACGUCGACUAGUACGACAGCUGCGCCUGCUUGGUACACAUCAUGGCGCCCGAGUGCUGUGCCGCCGAGUACGUCGCAUGACUAUGCACUGGACGGAUGGGGCCCAGAGACGCCGGCUCCAUGGCAUCGCAUGACGUUGCAUGUAGGGGGACAAGACGAUGUGCCAUUGACAGCGGCAACGCCGGCGGCUCUAUCGACGUACCCUAUCCAAGUGGCCUACAUGACGCGACAGCUGCUUACGGCCGUGCUCGUAUGGCGUACACCGAUUACGGACGACGAACAGGAUACAUGGCGGGCACCGACAUGGGAAUGGAUGCGUCGUGUACAACGCGUGCUCAACGACGUGCAGCGCAAAGCCCAGCACACAGAGGCGGCCCAAGCGGAGCGGCCGUACCUCCACGUGGAUACCCCGACAGCCACAGCGCAAAAUGCGCUUCGAAGUCCGGAGCCGCUCACAGCCAGCAUGGAAGCGCAGCUGCUGCAGGCCCAGCACUGGAUGCAGAAGCACCAAGUGACCAGCACGCUGGCCCGCGCAGAGCGACGACAGUUCUGGAUUGCGUCACGAACGGCCGCGGAUGCAGCGUCGCAUACAUUCCUCGUCCUACGUGGUGCUGCGCAACGUGACUAUGGCAUGGCAGAGUGUGAUCAACACAUGCGGCGACUGGCAGCGCAGCACACUGAGUUUGGUUUGUAA